AUGGCGGUUCCUAAAUAUCAACAGCUGCCGGUGAAUUCUGAACUAGAUGAAAGUAUAUUGGAAAGCAAACCCAGAGGAAAAUGGUCUGAUGUGUGUUUCCAAAAGGGGCUUCUGUCUCUGGGUUUGAUUUUAUUAUAUUUUUCUUUAUCAAUUGGCCUUACAUUUUAUCAGAGAUGGCUUUUAAAGGAUUUUCAUUUUCCGCUUACAGUUGUUAUGUAUCACUUAAUAGUAAAGUGGCUUUUAUCUGUGUGUGUCCGUUUUGUGGUUGGAAUCAUUACUGGUCAACCACAACUUGUUCUUCCAUUUAUCACCUGCCUUAGAUCUGUAGGACCUACAGGCCUAGCAAGUGGGAUUGAUGUUGGAUUUUCUAAUUGGGCUCUGGAGCUAGUUACCAUAUCCCUAUAUACUAUGACAAAGUCAACAACUAUAAUUUUUAUUCUUGGAUUUGCUAUAUUGCUAGGUCUUGAAAAGAAGUCAUGGUCACUAGUUGGGAUCGUACUAACAAUUGCAACUGGACUCAUCAUGUUUACAUACAAUGCAACACAAUUUAACUUGAUGGGUUUUGAUUUCCUGCUCCUGGCGUCUUUUGCUGGGGGUCUACGUUGGACAUUCGCUCAGCUCCUCAUGCAGAAAUCUAAACUUGGCUUACAUAACCCAGUAGAUAUGGUAUUUCAUGUUCAACCUUGGAUGUUCUUUUCUCUACUUCCGUUUAUGCUUGCUUUUGAAGGAUUCAAGUGUUUUGAAAAAGUAAUUGCGCUGGCACCCGGAGAAUUGUUCCCAACUGUACUUAAAGUCACAGUUGGAGCAACCAUAGCAUUUGCAAUGGAAAUUAGUGAAUUUCUUGUUGUAACAUACACAUCUAGUCUGACUCUAUCAAUUGCUGGUAUAAUUAAGGAAUUGUGUAUUCUAGUCUUAGCGGUAGAAGUGAGUGGCGACCAACUAAGCCCCAUAAAUGUUGUUGGUUUAGUUGUCUGCUUGAUGGGUAUCAGUGGACAUAUAAUACACAAGGUUUUGGUAAUUAGAAGAGUGGCUGGUACAGUUCGCAUCUUAGAAGAUGACGAUUUUGUAAAUAUCGGCAAGACUAGAGCACCUAAGGCGAAAGAAAGGAGUGAACCAUUGUUAGAAAAUCAGAAAUGGCAAGAAGCUAGCGAUGAAAGUGAUAUAGACAGUAGUCUUGUCAUAUAUGAAAUCAUGCAGAGGCGAGAUGGUAGUUAA